AUGUAUAUUGCUGUCUAUCUGAAUUUGUUCAAUUCUCUAUUUAAAUCUGUCCAUAUCUAUCUAUCUAUCUAUCUAUCUAUCUAUCUAAAUCUGUUCAUAUCUAUCUAUCUUUCUAUCGAUCUAUAUCUGCUCAUAUCUAUCUAUCUGUCUAUCUAUCUUCAAUCUAUCUAUUCAUAUCUAUCUAUCUAUCUAUCUAUCUAUCUAUCUAAAUCUGUUCAUAUCUAUCUAUCUAUCUAUCUAUCUAUCUAUCUAUCUAUCUAUCUGUCUGUCUAUCUAAAUCUGUUCAUAUCUAUCUAUCUAUCUAUCUAUCUAUCUAUCUAUCUAUCUAUCUAUCUAAAUCUGUUCAUAUCUAUCUAUCUUUCUAUCGAUCUAUAUCUGCUCAUAUCUAUCUAUCUGUCUAUCUAUCUAAAUCUGUUCAUAUCUAUCUAUCUAUCUAUCUAUCUAUCUAAAUCUGUUCAUAUCUAUCUAUCUAUCUAUCUAUCUAUCUAUCUAUCUAUCUAUCUGUCUGUCUAUCUAAAUCUGUUCAUAUCUAUCUAUCUAUCUAUCUAUCUAUCUAUCUAUCUAAAUCUCCUUUUAAUAUCUAUCUAUUCAUUGCUCCAAACAAAUGUCCUUAAAUAUCUCCUCAGGCACACGCUUAAAACCCGUAAACGAGGAAUCCGCGUAAUCCCCAGUUUUUUUCAUAACCAGGGUUCCCUGUAA